CGCUGGUUAUUGAACUUCAAAACACACGGAUUACGUUCAGUGUAGCGUUGACGGUCGUAGACAUCGGUGCGUUACUGAUUCACUCGUUAAACAAUGAAGAUAUUUAUGUAUUUAUUUCUGUGCCUAAGCAUAUUCGCUGGACAUUAUGAGGCAGCAAGAAUUUUGGCUGUAUUUCCGAAUCCAUCAAUAAGUCAUCAAGUAGUGUUUCGACCUUUAACACAGGAACUAGCCAAAAGAGGUCACGAAGUCACCGUCAUCACAACAGACCCUGCAUUCCCCGAAGGUAAAACCCCAGCAAAUUUAACUGAAAUCGACGUCCAUGAUAUUUCCUACGACUUAUGGAAGAAUAUAUUCUUGACUUCAACUAAAGGGAAUAAAGAUGAUGUAGUAAUGGCAAUGAGUGCUAUAGUGAAUGCCCUAACUGCAGUUGUAGAUGCUCAACUUAAAGAUGAUAAAAUACAAAAUUUGAUACGUGAUAAGAGUAAACAAUUUGAUCUAUUACUCGUGGAAGCUUGUGUGAGACCAGCCUUAGUAUUUUCUCAUAUUUAUAAAAUACCAGUGAUUCAAAUAAGUUCAUUCUUUGCUACUUUUGAUAAUUAUCCUAAUUUUGGUGUGCCGAUACAUCCAUUCCUGUAUCCUGCAUUAACACGACAGAGGCUGAAUAAUCUGACUAUGAUCGAGAAAAUUAAGGAAUUCUACAAUGAUUUUAUGCUCACCAGAUUGUACGAAAAUAAUAUGGAGAAAGAGAAUGAAAUGCUUCGAAAGCAUUUCAGAGAUGUUCCUCCAAUUGCUGAAUUAAAUAAUAAUGUUGAUAUGCUGUUCCUGAAUGUGAAUCCAGUAUUUGAAGGUAUACGACCAGUGCCUCCUUCUGUUGUGUAUUUGGGAGGUUUACAUCAAGUUCCUUACAAGCCGUUGCCGAAGGAUCUGCAAUCUUACAUGGAUUCUUCUAAAAAUGGCGUGAUAUACGUAAGCUUCGGUACAAACGUGGAUCCUACUACAUUCCCAGCUGACAGGAUUGAAGUUCUCGUGAAAACAUUAUCUCAGUUGCCUUACGAUAUUCUAUGGAAAUGGAAUAAUGAUGUUCUGCCUGGACGUACGGAGAACAUUAGGAUAGCAAAAUGGCUGCCACAGACUGAUCUUCUCAAUCACCCAAAACUCAAGCUGUUCAUCACGCAAGCUGGUUUGCAGUCAACAGACGAGGCUAUAUCAGCAGGAGUGCCUCUAGUUGCCAUUCCUAUGUUUGGAGAUCAAUUUUUCAAUGCAGAACGAUACGAGUACUUCAACAUUGGUAAAAAGCUUUCCAUGGAGAAAUUGACUGUGGAAGAAUUUACAAAUGCGAUCAACACUGUCAUCAAUGAUGGAAGCUAUCGAGAGAACAUUGUGAAAUUGCGUCGCAUUAUUCAAGAUGAACCAAUGCCUCCGCUAGAGCGCGCCGUAUGGUGGACGGAGUACGUACUGCGUCACGGCGGUGCGAGACAUCUGCGAGGACCUGCCGCCAACAUGUCGUGGGCAGAGUACCUCGAACUAGAAUUAGUUUUAACCCUACUAUUAGGACUGUUAGCAGUAAUUUCAGUGUUAUUAAUAGGUCUUCGGUUCCUUUACAAAAUUGUUUUUGGAAAUACUGUUACCACAACUACUAAAGCUAAAAAAUCAAAGCGUAGUUAAUAAGAUUAGUUCAUUAUUAAGUAAUUGUUGUAAAUAUUUAGUUACCAAGCAAUAGUCAAUUUAUUGAAACCAAUCCGAUAUUGUUAAUUAUUUGACUGAUUUUAAUAAACUAUAAAUAAUAGA